AUGGCUAAUCCAGACGACAACAUGGAUGUGGUGAACGUAUUCGCCGCCGCUGCAAUGGUAGAAGCCGAAAACGAGGAACCAGGCAAUCCAAAUGGGAAUGUGCCAAACAAACAUGAAGAACGAACAGUGAGGUUCCCAACGAUUGCAACCAAUUUCAUGAAUGAGCUAGAGAAGCUGAGCUUGGACUCUUGGAAACGUCUGGUGGAAUGCUUGGCAGUGAUAAAAAACGAAUUCCUAUGCGAUAGAAUGAUAGAAGGAUCACAAGCUUCGUUGAACCGAAAGAAGGCAAAGCUAAUGUCAGUGGAAGAAGAACACGUGAAACUGGCACAGUCGGAAACGACAAUGGUAACAACGCUAAACGCCCGUCGUCGCCUAAUUGAAGACUCAAACAAGGCCGAAACUGCAGCAAUGACGAGAUUACGAAAGGCCUUUACGGCAAUAACGAAAGUGGAUCAAGAUCACCUACUGCAAGGUUUUACGGAACCAACAGAACUGUUCCUAAGUUUGAACAACAAUGACAAAUUAAAGAACAUGGGCGAUACAAUUGAAAUAAAGUUGGGAAACCUAACGCUACACGUGGGAAAGGAAAGAGCACUAGAAAAAAUUUGGCGUGAAUCCUUAAAGCUACACGUAGAACCCGACUUGGAAAGAACAGAUAUGUCACAAAUGGAAGUAAUUGAGGGCGGAACAAUUAACCUGGGAACAAUCAAAGCCUCCGCCGUGUUCAUUCUGGACAAGGAGGAUCCCAAAGAAAAGGAAAACAAAGUGGAGGUGAUAAUGAACCCGAGCGCAAUUGCACUGGGGCCAAGAACAAGGGACGGAUACGGGUUCGUGCACUUGUCAAUGAUCUUCAGGAUCUCGAAAUUCUUUCCAAUUUCACCACCAAAUUAUUUUGCCAACGUUGCGGCAGAAAUGGGAUUGACGCAUGAAAUCUACGGAGAGUUGAAAGGGAAGAGCAUUGACCUGCCUAUCCCAGGCACAAUCGUCGACAACUAUAAAUUUAGCACAGAACAAACCCCGAUUGAAGGAGAACCACGACGAAAUAGCUCGAAAAAAGCCAUCAUACUGAUUAGUACCUCAAUGUGCAGUACCUUUCAUUUUGGGGGAAAAAAGGACAGUUAUCGAACUAGAGUAGACUGCAAGGAAUGGGUACAUUACCCGGUGAUGGAUGUGGGAUAUAUGGUGGACGAUCUAGACGUCGAGAUUCUACAA